GAAAAAAAGGAUCGACAUGAGACCAUGAAAUUUGUAACGAAUAAUUUAUGUGAAUGCAAAUUUGUUAGGUACCAAGCCCAGUCCAACCCAACCCCAAGUCAGCAGUCUAUUUCUUCCCCGUAGGCUUGCCAGCACUGCGCAUCUUCUACAAGAUCCUCUCUCUCUUUCUCUCUCCUACAAUCCUAUUCCCUUUUCGCUCCUUCUAUGUACAAAUAGCAGCACUCAUAUAUAAAUAAAUAGAGAUCCUCCUCCUCCCUAUAGAUUCCCAGAAUCACGCUCUCUCUCUCUCUCUGAGAUACCAGAAACGAACCCAGAAAAGAAAAAAAUUAUAAAGGAAAGAAAAAAACUUUCUUUCUGCUUCCCUGUUUUUUUGGCGCGAAAAAAAAGGAGGCAGCAAUGAAAAUAGCCAAUGGGGAUCGGGAGGUGUGCGUGGCCUCGCCUGCGGCGAAGGCUCCGUCGGUCGGAGAUGAGAAAGAGAGGGAGGCAGACGCAUUCGUGCCACCUCUAAACUUUGCGAUGGUCGACAAUGGCGUGUUUAGGUCCGGUUUCCCUCAUUCUGCCAAUUUCAGCUUUUUGAAAUCCCUAGGUCUACGUUCCGUUAUAUACUUGUGCCCGGAGCCAUAUCCGGAGGAGAACGAAGAGUUUUUGAAAGCAAAUGGGAUUAGGCUUUUCCAGUUUGGGAUGGAUGGCUCUCAGGAACAUUUUGUGAAAAUUCCGGAGCACGCAAUUCGUGAAGCAUUAAACGUAGUCCUUGAUGUAAGGAAUCACCCGCUCCUGAUUCAUUGCAAACGAGGGAAGCACCGGACAGGCUGCCUUGUUGGAUGCUUAAGAAAGUUGCAAAACUGGUGUCUGACCUCAAUCUUCGACGAGUACCAGAGGUUUGCAGCUGCAAAAGCUAGAGUUUCAGAUCAAAGGUUCAUCGAAUUGUUUGAUAUUUCUGGCUUCAAAAACUUGCCAAUGUCAUUUUCGUGUUCGAAAAGGAUAGUGUAGAGUCAUUCGCUCCCUGGAGAAUGACCUUUCGGUACUUCAGUAUGUGAAGUUGAUUAUUGAUGACUGAUCAGGUCCAGAAGAAUGUGCAAUACUCAAAAUGCGUGUUCAUUUUCAUGCAAAUCUGUACCUCGCAGUACAAAAUACGCGUUGAUUCCAACUUUACUUUAAACUUUGUAU